AUGGCGAACAGUAGCAGCGAGUCUAUCAAUCUCGACAGCCUGAGCGCUCCGCAGCUGAGCCAGGUAAAGAAGCAGCUCGACGAGGAAUUGGAGCACCUCACGUCCUCGUUCGCCCAGCUGCACGCCGCUCAGUCCCGUUUUCGGGAAUGCCUGCGCUGCCUUCAAGACAAGAAUAAGUCGGCCGUCCUCCGGGAGAAUAGCUCAAUCCUGGUGCCGCUCACCAACUCGCUCUACGUGCCCGGCACCCUCUCGAGUGCAUUCCAUGUGAUCGUUGAUAUCGGUACCGGAUUCUAUGUUGAGAAGGAGCUGAAGUCGGCAGCGGAUUUCUACGAAAGCAAGGUGGGGGAGCUUGGAGGAAAUAUUAGGGAUCUAGAGGCCAUCGUGCAGGGCAAGACGAACAACGUUCGUGUCAUCGAGGAAGUUCUAAGACAGAAGAUGGCUAUCACGGCCCAUCAAACACCACCGCCAUAG